CGUGUAUCCUUCCGCUGAGCCGGUGUGCCUCUGCCGCAGCACGCACAUCUGACGGCCCGCUCAAAACCACGCGUUACAUCUUCUCUUUAGAGUUUUCUGUGACAAAUCUCUUCCUUUCUAACCGAAAUCGUUUUAUUUGUCGUAUUUUGUGUGUGUUUUGAGCGGAGCUGUUUGUGUUUUAUUCGGCUAGCCAUGGCUGACAUCGACAAACUCAACAUAGACAGCAUCAUUCAGCGCCUGCUCGAGGUGAGAGGCUCGAAGCCUGGCAAGAACGUGCAGCUGCAGGAGAACGAGAUCCGGGGAUUGUGUCUGAAAUCCCGCGAGAUCUUCCUCAGCCAGCCCAUCCUCCUGGAGCUGGAAGCACCGCUGAAGGUCUGCGGUGAUAUCCACGGACAGUACUACGACCUGCUCAGGCUCUUCGAGUACGGAGGAUACCCACCGGAGAGCAACUACCUGUUCCUGGGAGACUAUGUGGACCGAGGGAAGCAGUCUCUGGAGACCAUCUGCCUCCUGCUGGCCUACAAGAUCAAAUACCCCGAGAACUUCUUCCUGUUGAGGGGAAACCACGAGUGUGCUUCCAUCAACCGCAUCUACGGCUUCUACGACGAGUGCAGGAGACGCUACAACAUCAAGCUCUGGAAGACGUUCACAGACUGCUUCAACUGUCUGCCCAUCGCUGCCAUCGUGGAUGAGAAGAUCUUCUGCUGCCACGGAGGUUUGUCUCCUGAUCUUCAGUCCAUGGAGCAGAUCAGAAGGAUCAUGAGACCCACAGAUGUCCCGGACCAGGGUCUCCUGUGUGACCUGCUGUGGUCCGACCCGGAUAAGGAUGUGUUGGGAUGGGGCGAGAACGACCGGGGCGUGUCCUUCACCUUCGGAGCAGAAGUAGUGGCCAAGUUCCUCCACAAACACGACCUGGAUCUGAUCUGCAGGGCUCACCAGGUGGUGGAGGACGGAUACGAGUUCUUCGCCAAGCGGCAGCUGGUGACUCUGUUCUCCGCACCGAACUACUGCGGAGAGUUUGACAACGCUGGAGCCAUGAUGAGCGUCGACGAGACCCUGAUGUGCUCCUUCCAGAUUUUGAAGCCAGCAGAGAAGAAGAAACCCAACUCGAGUCGUCCAGUGACUCCUCCGAGGAACACAGUCCCCAAACCGGCCAAGAAGUGACCCCCGCGGCCCGCUGGACUUGUAUCAUACGCUCUUCAUGUGUCUCGGAUCAGGAGUGGCUCUGAACCGUCCACCACGUCUUUAUUUCGAUUCUUCACGUCCUCGUUUAUCGUCCCGAGCGGAGCGUUUUAAUUUCACUUCAUUUCCGAGGCAAACAGUCUCUAAUUCCCACUUCAGGACGACGUAUCUUCUGGAUUUUUAAAUCGACACGUUUGAGAUGAUUUGUGACCACUGUGAACAAACCAGUCUGUUUUUAUGCACCUGUUGCUUAUUUUUGGUCUGGUGAAUGUGCCAUGAGGUUUGAUAUUCAGUCCGCUUUUAUCAUUUUUGAGUCUUUUUUUUAAUCUUCAUGAUUGCGAACGGAUGGAUGUUGUCAAGUGUAUGAACUAAAACGUCCUCUUUCUUUCUUUCGACGCGAUGCCUUGUUUUCUUCAUUGCGUAUCAUGUGAGGUUUGGGCAUGUUGACUUCUGGAUCUCUUGUGUUGCAUGCGUUAGUGUUAGAGGAACAGGACACAAGGUUCGGCUUCUCUCAGGGCAUGCCACCUUCAGCAUGUCUGCAGAAUAAUGUAGCUCCUCAUCAGGUAAAUCACGUCAGGAAAACCUCUUUUCUUGCAAAUUUCUACAGUAUUUCAAAUAGAUUCUGUUUAACCCAAACUCACUGUAAAUAUACAGGACACGUUUUGUUCAGUCUUGGCAAUAAUUCAGUUUUCCACACUAUAAAUAAUUGUUAUACUUGGAGAAUAAAUCGAAGGGAGAUGGAAA